UGUCAGUUGAGGCUUAUUUCGUUACGAUGAAACGUGUGUUGGUGUCGGUCGUACUAUUGGCUUGCCUCCUUCGGGUUGCAGCGAGCGCUUAUGGGUAUGGAAAUAAUUGGAACAGAGCAUAUUAUAAUUACAUGAAGUACUACCAAACAAGAUAUGGAAGACAGAACCCGUACGGUCAGCUGGCGGGCUACCAGGUCCUCAACUCCGCUAAGUGGAUGCCGAUGGGCGUCUAUAACAAUUACUUCUGCAAAAUCCUGGGUUCAUCAGUCGGAAAGAGAAGCAUUCGACACAAACGGAUUGUACCAAACAGAGGACUCUAUCUCCCGGAUUACAUGAUGUCUACGUCGAUUCUUAGACGUUACGCCAACAGGUACUUCGGGAAAGACAAGGUAGACGACCUUGACCGAACAUUACGGCAGUUCUUCAACGUCAGUAUCGACGCUUACAUCCACGGCAUGAUCCGACGGAAGCAGCAGGGAUACCCUUACAAAAGUAUCCGGGAUGAAAUGCUCCGUGGCCUUCUGUCGCGGUACAGCGGCAUGGACAACCCCAGAUCUGUCAACAACGCCCUCCGCGCCAUCAACAUCUUCAACAAGGCAGGACAGGCUCAGGUUAGAAGACAUGCAGAUGCUUAUGGCUCGUCAAACUGCAUGAAUCUGAGUCCCCACGGCCAGCAGUACCUGUGUAGUUAUCUCCACUUCGCGAUGAGCAUCACCCAGGUCUGCGGCGUGAACAACCUCGUCUCCAUGCUCUACAACGACUGCAGCUGCCGAGGUGGUCACGGUCCUGAUGUUGUGUACGUGCCCAUUGACAACCCGCAUCCCAACCCAGCUCCGGCAACCGCAGCAGCUACAACUGCUACUACCACGUCUACUACUACCACUACCACGUCCCCGGGGUCUACAGUGAGUACAGACCCGUCUGCCACCACCACCACCACGUCUACAACUACGACAACCGCAACUCCCUCAGACUGCGGCAUCAGCACCAUCAACCCGGCGCGCGACUUCCCCCUCAUCCGCUACAUCCUCCGACAGUGGCGCAUCGUCGGGGGGAUCAACGCUCAGAGUGGGGAGUUCCCCUGGAUGGCUGUCGUCAGCGCCAAUGGCGGCCUCUGCGGCGGCAGCAUCCUCAACUCCACACACAUCAUCACUGCUGCUCACUGUGUCGAUGAUUUUGCGGCAAGUACAAUAACAGUAGACGUGGGCGAACAAGACCGGUUCAACGACAACGACCACACAACGUUCCAGGUGUCGACAGUGACGGUCCAUGAGAACUACCAGCCUGGCUCUGAGGCUAAUGAUAUCGCCUUGUUGGAACUCUCGACGCCUAUAGACUUCAACACAAUUACUGACGCCGCGCCUAUAUGUCUCCCUAGCGGCACGUUCACAGCCACCGUGGGUGACGGCACUGAGUGUAUAGUAGCUGGGUGGGGGACCCUCUCAUUUCAAGGUCAGAUCCCAAACAUCCUUCAGGAGGUGUCAGUUCCAACGUACGCAGGGACGUCGUGCACGGCAAACUUCAACACCAACCCCACUACCCCGGCAACGCAGCUGUGCGCAGGCGCACCUGGUACCGGCGGGGUCGACUCUUGUCAGGGAGACUCCGGCAGCCCCUUGUUCUGUUCCGUCAACGGCCGCUGGGUGCAGUACGGGCUCGUGUCGUACGGUGACGGGUGCGCCAACCCUGGCGAGGCAGGAGUCUACACGGACGUCUCGCAGUACGUCGACUGGAUCAAUGGCGUCUAGCUACAACCGAGUUAAUUUACAACCAAAUCGAUGCUUAACUUCUCAAAUUAAUUUAUUUUUACUUUCAUUUCUAUUUCUCCCACAGCUGAGUGUUCUGUCGCCUCAAUUAGACUACCUUGUAUUAGGCAUUGGUGGAACCGUUGUUGUUUUGUUUAAAUCUGAAAAAUAACACCAUGUUUCGUUUCCCAUAUUAAGUUGGAUGUAUUUAAACAAAAUCCCCGUUUUACUCUUGUUGUGUUCUUAUUUGCUGGACACAGAUAUUACAGUUUGCACCACAUGAGUGAGUUGGGUUUAACGCCGCUUUUAACAGUAUUCCAGUUAUAUCACGGCGUGUCAGCUUAAUGUGGGAGGAAAGCCCGAAGUGAUGCAGGUCUCAGACGUUAACCACUUCGGUGAA